CAUUCCAUUUUGUAUGAUUAACUGGUUUUCAGAUCAUGGCAGACGCGGCAACAGCGGUUUUGGCUUUGGCGUAUUUGUUCCAGUGGCCUCCCCAAGCAAUAGUGCAGGAUGGUGACACCUUUGAUUUCGUCGUUGUCGGAUCGGGGUGUGGAGCUAUUGUGGCUGAUAGACUGUCGGAAAACAGUUCAGUGCGAGUUCUUUUGAUUGAAGCAGGAACAUACCCGUCGAACGAAUCUAUUAUGCCUGGAACUUUUCCUUUACUCCAAAAUUCAUACGAGGACUGGAACGAGACAUCGAUCCCGGAGAGCACAACGAAACACCAAAAGAUCGGCGCGUACAAGCUGUCGACGGGAAAAGCCUUGGGCGGAGGCAGCACUAUCAAUCACCUACUCCAUCUCCGAGGAGACAAGGACGACUUCGAUACUUGGGCGUCCUACCUUGGAGACGACUCUUGGUCAUCCGCAAACGUCCGUAAGUACUUCAAGAAAUCGGAGAACAUGCAAGACGCAGAUAUUAUGGCCAGUCACGCCGACUACCACGGGACUGAAGGUCCAGUGAUCGUAUCUAGGCAGCCCGAUGACGCUACGCACAACUUAUUGAAGGCUUUUAGCGAUAUCGGAGUGCCAACGGUGAUUGACUUGAACGCGGAUGACAACGUUGGAUGUGCAGAGGCUUCAUACAUCAUAGGUGACGGUGUGCGACAGAGCACUGCUUACGCGUACCUAAAUAAAAAAACUAGAGAUAAUCUGUACGUGCUUACCGAAACAUUAGCAGAAAAAAUCAUCAUCGAAAACGACAUAGCUAAAGGUGUCAUCUUGCGGCUAGCGAGCGGCAAGAAAAUCAAUGUUUACGCUAGCAAAGAAGUUAUUAUAUCGGCCGGAUCAUUCAACAGUCCAAAAAUACUAAUGCUCUCUGGUAUCGGGCCAGCUGAUCACCUGAAAAGCAUGGGCAUUGACGUCAUCAAAGAUCUACCUGUGGGCCAGGGAAUGCAGGACCACAAUGCACUUUUCCUAGUCAACAAAUUGGAAGAAUCAACGGCGACUUCGGAAACAUUACCAUUAACAAAAUUUCCGUUCCCUAUUCUAUUGGCUAGCGUCAACCUAGACGAUUCUAAAAGCUACGCCGACUAUCUGCUUAUUGGACUUGUAUUCGCCCAGGACAAAGGCUACACCGAUGUUACUUGUUCGACCCUCUUUAGCUUCACCGACGAAAUAUGCUCGAACUUUAGCGAAAGCGUCGCCGGUAGGAACCAAUUCAUUUCAUUAAUAGGCACAUCCCAACCAAAAUCCAGGGGCUACGUGCAGCUAAAAAGUUCAGAUCCAGAUGACAAACUAGUUAUAUCAGAAUCAUUUUAUUCCGAUCCCGAAGAUUUUACUAACAUGCAAAAGUAUCUAACUCAUUUUUUAACUAUUUACAAUUCCGCUUAUUUCCAAGAUAUAAAAGCGGAAAUAGCUGAUCCCGGCUUGGAAGAAUGCGGUGAGAUGGACGUCAGUAGUGAGGAUUAUUGGAAGUGUUACAUCAAGUCCAUGACCGUCCACCUGUUCCAUUACUCCGGUACAUGUGCCAUGGGCAGUGUGGUGGACAGCAAAAUGAAAGUGUACGGUAUAGAUAACCUCCGGGUUGUCGAUGUGAGCACCAUGCCUUUUAUCGUCAGAGCCAAUACCUUGGCGGCUGGCAUAAUGAUGGCGGAAAAGAUAAGUGACGACAUUAAAAAUGAAUAUUCCCUUUGAGAGAAAUGUCUUGGCGCCUUCAAAAUAAAUAAAAUUCUAUAGAAAAAUU